UUUAAUUCCAUAUUUUAAAAUUUUAUAAAAUAUAAAUACAGAUGGUCCGGUCUUGUCCCUACUCGCCGACUACCAGAGGAAGAAGAUUAUCUCCCAUUUCCCCAUUUCCCCAUUUCCCACCACACACAGAAAAAACACUCAUACAACAACUCAAACCCAUUCAAUCUACCGGGAGAUAUUUCAGAUCUCUCACAGAGAGGAGAGAGUGAGAGAGAGUCUGUCUCUGUUUGUAUGUGAUUUUGUGGUGUUGUUUAUUAUGGAUAAAAGCUGUCCAUCUUCAACCUCUGACUCUGUUCUCACUUCUGCUACUACCAGCAGCGGUGGUGGCAGCAGCAGCUCCACCAGAGACAGCUACCUCAAACACCUCAACAAGCUUUCUCACAAGAUCUCAAAACCCACAACCUCAAACAACAACACCUUCCUUAAAAAACCCAACUUUGAAAAUCCAACACCUCCUCCUCCUCCUCCUGUUCCUCUUCCUCCACAACCUCAACAGCAACAACAGCAACAGCAACAGCAACAUCAGCCUCCGGUGUACAACAUCAACAAAAACGACUUCCGCGACGUCGUUCAGAAGCUCACCGGCUCCCCCGCCCACCCCGCCCGCUUCCCCAACCCCAAGCCACCCCCCCUUCCCAUCGCCAACUCCAUCACUCCACCCAUGGGUUCCGCCGUCGCUCACUUCAACUCCAUUGGACGGUCCACAACCCCGCUCUCGCCUCUCCCUCCUUUCCCAACCGUACACGCGGCGGCCGAGUCCCCCGUCUCAGCCUACAUGCGGUACCUCCACAACUCAAUCUCAGCCGUCGAUGCUAACAAAAACCAGGCUUUCUCGGGAUUCUCGCCGCUGGCCCCACUCGUGUCGCCGCGCUGGACCAAUCAGACGCCGCAGCAGAAUCUGCAGGCUGCGCCUUCGCAGCAGGGGAUGCUUUCCACGCGCCAGGCUGCGCCUUCGCAGCAGGGGAUGCUUCCCGCGGCGAGUCAGCACCACCCGCCGGCGACGGCGAUAGCGUCACAGCCGCAGUUCACUCUGCCUCCGUCACCGCUUCCGUUUGGGUGCUUGAAUUCGCCGCGGUCACCGUACCCUUUGAUGUCCCCAAAUCAAUUAGGGUUUCCUCAGCUUCCGCUCUCGCCGACAGUGCCUGUUCCAAGCCCUAGGUGGAGAGGUUUCUAAACGUUUCUUCAGGUAAGUCGAGCUCUAAACGCUGUCGUUUUAAGGUUUAGGGGUUUUUUUUAUAUAUAUAUAUUUUAUAAAAAAGACAAGAACUUUGUACAUUCUGGGUUGAGGGGCUUAUUCAAUCACCGGUGGGUGGACGGAAAAUGGUUCACUGCCGGUUUAAAUUAGGUUUUCUUUGUUUUGUAAAUGGGAUAUAUGAGAAUGAGAGACAUGUAGGUUUGUUCUUUGUCUGGUAUUGGAUAUUUUGGGGGUUAAUCAAAGGGUUAUAUAUACAGAAUUUGUGUUGCUAAAGGAUGCUUUUGUAGGUUUUUUUUUGGGUGAAUUAUCUCAGUUUGUGAACAUUUUCUA